AUGCGAGUUCUACAUGAGGAGAGGACACAGCAUGUCGACUUCCUCGUCAACUUUCGUCCGCGCCACUUAAGACCACCAGCGAGAAGUGGUCGAAUAGGCCGGGAAGAACGUGUGACAGUGGAGCCAAAAGGUUGGGGAAGUUCUGGCCAUGAACGAUUGCUGCCCUGA